AUGAGCAACACACAAGGCUUCUCUCAUUUCGUAUUGUGUGCAAGUACACCCGACAAAUAUGAAGAGACCAUCACCUUUUAUGAAGCCAUUGGGUUUCAAAGAAUGUUGGAUCAAUGCAAAACCAAAGAAGAUAAUCGACACAAGGUGUGGAUGAAACUCAAGGCAGCUGCACAAGCACAAGCAGCUGAUCUUGUGAUCAAAAUUACCCUUUCAGAAGGCAACACGUUUCUGGACCCACGACAAUCCAAUGGUGAAAGUGCAGUCGUCAUUCUUGUCAAAGAUAUGGAGAAAACGCGAGCCAAGUUGGACAUCAUGAGCGUACAAUGUCAAAGUCAACAUGAUCGGCUUUAUUCAUGUGAUCCCUUGGGCACCCCUUUGAUCUUCUACAACAAACCACAUGGAUUACUGAAGACUGACCCACGCGAUGACAUGUGUGAUGAAAUGCGCCAUUUCGAUCCUGGAAAGACACAUCGACGUAUUGCCAUCUUGACUUCCGGUGGUGAUGCACCUGGUAUGAAUCCUUGUGUACGUGCAGUGGUACGUUAUGGUAUCUCCAUGGGUUGUGACAUGUACGCUGUCUAUGAAGGAUAUCAAGGUUUGGUGGAUGGUGGUGAAAGAAUUCGUCGUAUGGAUUGGAAAAGUGUGCGCGGUUGGCUUCACGUGGGUGGCACAUUGAUUGGUACAGCACGAUGCAAAGAUUUUCAACAACGUCAAGGUCGUCUUCGUGCAGUAGAAAACCUUGUUUCCAGAGGCAUUGAUUCGAUUAUCGUAUGUGGUGGCGAUGGCUCGUUAACCGGUGCCGAUGUGUUUCGAGCUGAAUGGCCAAGCUUGAUCAAGGAAUUGAAAGACAAUGGCAAAAUUACCAGUGAACUUGCUGAAAAGCACAAGCAUUUGACCAUUGUGGGAUUGGUGGGAUCGAUUGAUAAUGACAUGGCCCUUACGGAUAUUACCAUUGGCGCUGUUACUUCAUUACAUCGUAUUUGUGAAUCCGUGGAUGCUAUCAACACCACAGCUUUAUCCCAUUCGCGUGCCUUUGUGGUUGAAGUAAUGGGUCGUCAUUGUGGUUGGCUUGCCUUGAUGGCUGGUAUUGCAACGGGUGCCGAUUUCAUCUUUAUUCCUGAACGACCCCCUGAUGAUGACUGGCCAGAGCGUUUGUGUAAAGUGGCACGACGUCAUCGUGAUCUUGGUAAACGUAAAACCAUUGUCAUUGUGGCAGAGGGUGCCCUUGAUACAUCCUUGAAUCCUAUCAAGGCCGAUCCGAUCAAGAACAUCCUAAGUGAGCGCCUUGGAUUGGAUACGCGUGUUACAACAUUGGGCCAUGUUCAACGUGGUGGAUCCCCUUGUGCUGCUGAUCGCAUUCUUGCCACCGUGCAAGGUGUACAAGCUGUACGUGCUGUACUCGAUAGCAACCCUGAUACAGAAUCACCCUUAAUCGGCAUGUCGAAUAACAAGGUCACAUGUACACCCUUGAUGAAAGCAGUGGAAUUGACACAUGAAGUGGCCAAAGCGAUUAGUGAGAAGAACUUUGCACGAGCCAUGGAGUUACGUGACCCACAAUUUUCUGAAGAAUAUGAUGCAUUCACAGCAAGUACCAUUAUGGAUGACACGACGUCCCUUUUACUUCCCGAAUAUGCACGACUUCGUAUUGCCAUUUUGCAUAUUGGUGCGCCUGCUGGUGGUAUGAAUGCGGCGACACGUACUGCUGUACGCUAUGCUUUGAAUCGAGGCCAUCAUCCCAUUGUCGUUUAUAAUGGCUUCACAGGCUUGGUGCGUGGUACCAUGGAAGAUGAAACAUGGAUUGGUGUAGAUGGAUGGACACCACGAGGUGGUUCAGAGCUUGGUACCAAUCGCUAUAUUCCCGGCAAGGAUGUGGAUAUGGGGAUGAUUGCAUAUCAAAUUCAAAAGCAUCAGAUUCAAGGCAUGAUUGUAAUCGGAGGCUUUGAAGCUUACAGUGCCCUUGUUGAACUUGAAAAGGAACGUGUACAUUAUCCAUCCUUAUGUAUCCCCAUUUGUCAAUUACCUGCCACCAUCUCCAACAAUGUGCCUGGUACCGAUUUUUCAUUGGGUACAGACACCGCUUUGAACGCUAUUAUUUUUUCAUGUGAUGCUAUUGCACAAUCAGCAAGAUCGUCAAGACGUCGUGUAUUUGUGGUGGAAGUGCAAGGUGGUAAAACAGGCUACUUGGCUGUGGAGGCUGGUCUUGCAUCAGGUGCCAAUACAGUGUACAUCCCCGAAGAGGGUAUUUCGCUUGCUCGGCUGCAAUCGGAUGUGAAGCAUCUUAUGGCCUUGUAUUUGGAUGAUGAUCCAGAUAAAUCGGAAGGACGUAUUAUCUUGCGUACCGAAACGGCAAGUAACACUUACACCACCGAAGUCAUUAGCAACAUCCUCAAGGAAGAGGGACAUCAAUUCUUUGAUUCACGUACAGCUAUCCUUGGUCACAUUCAACAAGGCGAUACACCUUCUCCUUUGGAUCGCAUUCGUGCCACACGCCUUGCCAUGCGUGCUAUUGAAUUCCUUGAAAUCCACACGAAUGGUGUAUUGGAAACGUAUCAUAACCAAGGUAAACCACCACCUGUUGAACUUAAUACCUGCCAUGAAUCGGUUGCUGUCAUUGGUAUCGCUGGCAACGGUGUGCGCUAUAGCCCUGUACGCGACCUGCUGGUGGAAACGGAUAUCAAGAAUCGUAAACCAAGAGGCGCAUGGUGGUAUGCAGAUCGUGAUCUCGUUGAUUUACUUGCUGGUCGUGGUAUGUUUACCCCUGAAGCACAAGCUCGUAUCCAUGAACAUGAACAAGAUGAAGAAGAAGAACGUAAAGCAGAACGAAGAAAAUUUGAACGUCGUUACUCUUGA